AUGGAUACUGACAACUUCGAAGACGUCAAGGCGUAUACGGUUGGACCCAACUUUUGCCAUGCCGAGACUAGAAAGUCGCCAGUUGUUGAUGGUAUUGUGAGAAGAAAUACCCACGGUAAAGAAAUCAGAUACGUUACCGAAUUGACUGACGAAGAAAAAACUAUGGCAAAAAAUGUCAGCAGUGCUUUCAAGCAAACUAUUUGUGGGUUUGAUUUGUUAAGAGUGAAUGGGAAAUCUUUUGUGAUAGACGUCAACGGAUUCUCCUUUGUCAAGGACAAUAACGAGUAUUAUGACUCCUGUGCAUCAAUCUUGCGUGGUCUAUUCAUCGAUGCAAAGAAAUCAAGAGACUUGUUGACAAGAAAAAUCCCUAAAAUGUUGCAGACUAGUCAGUUUGAACAGAAAGCCCAAAAAUGGGUAUUUAAAGGAAUGGUUACUGUUAUUCGUCACGCUGAUCGUACUCCUAAACAAAAAUUCAAGUACUCGUUCAGAUCACCAGUCUUUAUCUCCUUACUCAAAGGCCAUAGAGAAGAAGUCAUCAUUCGUGCGGUUCCUGACUUACAAGUUGUUUUGGAAACUGUUAAAAUAGCCGAGGCCAAAGGUCUUGAAGACUUGAACAAACUCAAACAGUUGCGUAUUGCAUUGGAGAAGAAAAUGGACUUCCCAGGUACCAAAAUCCAGCUCAAACCAACAUUAAACGCCGAAAACCCAGAAGUUGUUGACAAAGUACAAUUAAUUUUGAAAUGGGGUGGUGAGCCAACGCAUUCUGCCAAGCACCAAGCUACCGAUGUUGGUGAGCAAAUGAGACAAAACCUUCAAUUACUCAACCGUGAGGCCCUUGAUGACGUUAAAGUGUAUACGUCCUCUGAAAGAAGAGUCAUUGCUAGUGCCCAAUACUUUAGUGCAUCUUUGUUGUCCAUUGAUGAACCGUUGGCAGACGACUUUCUUAUUGUCCGCAAAGACUUGUUAGACGAUUCCAAUGCUGCGAAAGACUUGAUGGAUAAAGUGAAAAAGAAAUUAAAGCCUUUGUUGCGUGAAGGUGCUGAAGCCCCACCACAAUUCACCUGGCCUCCAAAAAUGCCACAGCCAUUUGAAGUCAUCAAGCGAGUGUGUGAGUUGAUGAAUUUUUACCACCAAAUUAUGAACUACAACUUUGAAACGAAAAACGUUCAAGAGUUUCAAAUAAACUGGUGCUGUGGCGAAGAUCCAUUUUUGUUUAAAGAGAGGUGGGAUAAGUUGUUCCAGGAGUUUAUAAGCGUUGAAAAGACCCACCCUUCCAAGAUCUCGGAAUUAUACGACACAAUGAAGUAUGACGCCUUACACAAUCGUCAUUUCCUUCAAAAGAUUUUCUCAUAUGACCCAAACGAUAAGGUGUUGCUUUCGAGGUUGACGGAGACUUGUGGUAGUACCGUCAACUCUUCAGGGUUGGUUAGCGAGUACCCCAUCAACAUUUUGGCAAUGAACAACUUUAAACUCCCAGAAUCGGCAUCAACUUCGGCCAACAAUUCAUCGUCCAAUCUCAAUUCAAACUCUGCUGCUGGGUCUCUUGGCUGGGUCUUGAGUGGCGCUGCCACCACCAUGAAAUGUGAAUCAAAAGAUACAAGUGCUUCUCCACAAACCCCAUUUGAUCAUCCUACAUUCGCAAGAUUGCGUGAGUUGUACAGAUUGUCAAAAGUGCUAUUUGAUUUUAUUUGUCCUCAAGAGUAUGGGAUUAAAGAUGAAGAGAAAUUGGAUAUUGGAUUGUUAACUUCGUUGCCAUUGGCUAAACAAAUUCUUUCAGACAUAUAUGACAUGAAGAAAAACGACCGACCUGCGCUUGUCAAUUACUUUACCAAAGAAUCACACAUCUACACUUUGCUUAACAUUAUAUAUGGGUCUCAGCUCCCUAUGAAAAUUGCUAGGAAUGCACUUCCAGAAUUGGACUACCUAUCACAAAUCGUUUUUGAAUUGUACGAAGCUGAAGACCCAUCGAGCCCAACUGGUAAAAAGCACUCUAUCAGAUUAUCAUUGUCGCCAGGUUGUCACACUCAAGAUCCAUUAGAUGUUCAACUAGACGACGACCAUUACAUUGGAUGCAUUCCAAGAAUAAGUUUGACAAGACAUUUGGAUAUGGAUUUGGUUACGCAAAGAUUGAAAUCACGGUUUUCAAGAGUCUCGUUGCCAAAGAAGUUUACCCCUGUCAACAUAACAGGUCCUUUAAAUAGCAAGUAA